CAUGUACCUAUGUGAACCAUGCCUUCGAAUGGCUUUCACCGCUUUUCGCAUGGCCACCAGGAUCUGCUCACGUCUACGAGUUUCAAUUUCUAUGGCACUCGCAUGGCGACUGCAUCUGCAGACCACAAAGUCAAGGUCUGGGAUCGUAAUGAAGACACCAAUCAAUGGACUGUGACCGAUAUAUGGACUGCGCAUGAUGCCGAAGUCACGGACGUGAGGUGGAAUGGGCCUUUUGUUGGCGAGCACGUGGCGACGAUAGGCGAAGAUGGGUACUUGCGCAUCUGGCAGGAGGACGUCAAUGAGGCCCACAACUCGGGGAAGCGCUUCAAGAAAAUCUACCAGCAGCUCACCGAGACCGGAGUUCCCUACAUGUGCCUCGACUUCAAGAAUAUUGGGACUGAGACGUAUAUGGCUGUCAUGACUCGCGAUGGCCACAUCACAGUGUGCGAGCCCGAAGACCAUGACGACCUCUCUGUAUGGCGCAAGAUGUGGUCCGAGUACUUGUGUAAGACUCCUUCGAGAACGGAAGAGUGUGCAUUCCGGCUCAGCUGGCACAAGGAGAAGAUUCCCGCAUGGCCUGCGGUGUUGGCCGGCCUUGACCGAAAAAGCCUGAGCCUCGCUGUGGCGAUUGGCACUCAAGUCAAAGUCUUUAGGACAGACAAGGAACAAAAGUUCUACACUGCAGCCAUCCUUGAAGGCGCCAAAGAACUGGUGCGCGAUGUGCAGUGGGCGAAUGGAAGUAUGCGUGGAUUUGACACGAUAGCGACUGCCAGCAAAGAUGGCUUCUUGCGAAUCUAUGAGCUUCACACUGACGGUGCAAGCUCACUACCGACGACCGGAAUUGGAUCCACGUCAGGACAUGGCACGCCACAGAUACAGUCCCCAGCUACUCGUCCCGUGCGGUCUGGCAUCGGCGCUGGACUCGCCGGGGGGGCUCGUGGCCGACGCGAUGACAAUGGCGGAGCGCCUGGGGCCAUCAAGCAACAGGUCCGAUUAGUUGCGGAGCUCGAGGCACACAAGUGCACGCCUUGGCGCAUCUCCUGGGCGCCUCUGAGUGAUAUGCUCGUCAGUACGGGCGACGACGGUGUCACGAGUGUCUGGAAGAAGUCGACUGAAGGCAAGUGGCUCGAAGCGGCUGAGAUUGAUGCCAUUGGUGCACCAAUUUGA